AUGCAAAGAUCUAACUCGACAGGAAACAAGCUCCCGUUCCUCAGGAGACCAUCAACCACAGCACCCCCUCCAGUACCUUACGCUAACCCUGCAGCCACACAAUUUUUGCGCCUUGGCGUCGGUAUUGACCAUGUCGAUGUCGAUCAAAGCGACGACGAAGAUAUUAUCUACCAGGGCAUCGAGAACGGCAUGGAAGGCCAUGACAGUGAGGCUCUUGAUACCAGCGACGAGGAGGAACGAGAGUCUGACGAGGAUGAGGAGGAAGAUGAGCAAGUGGACCAUGCCGAUAACGACAAUAAUAAUAAUGACGACAAUGCAAGCAGGAAGGGAGAGCUGUUGUUGCAACAACAAACACAACAACCUCUACACACAGGAAUUCAGGAACAGGAACAACAACAACCAGCACUUGACAACAACAAUGACGACAAUAUUCGCAUACACAAACCAAAGUCGUCCAUUGACGCAACCGCCAUAUCCGCACAGGCCCAGGCUUCAUCAACGGUGAACGCGCCGUCCUCGUCCUCCGCUGUCCCUGCAUCAUCGACGGCUCCUGACCCUUCCUCGACAACCGUGGCCACUGCUGUCCCGACCAGCCCAACAAAGGGCUCCUACCCUCCUCGAUUCAUCACCAAGAUUGAUACCCAGCUUCGGCACAAGGGUGAGACCUCGCCUUCUUCUGACAAUCCAUCGCAGCCCAUCUCUCCCCAACACCUUCAAGGACCCGCCUCUCCUCGCUCCCCAACCUCACCCUCGCACGCCCUCCCCAAGGGUCUGCCUGUAUACCACGAAAAGUUCACGAAGGCGGCCUCGACCAAGAUCCAUGGCGCUAGUCCUUUGAGCAAUGUCAACAAUGCUGUCACCGCCAAUACCUCCUCCUCCUCCUCCAACGAAACCAAACCAACAUCACCUCGCCCUCAAUCCACUCAUGCUCAUCAGCUCUCUGAGACCAUCCUCGCUCCUGGAACCGUGGAUACCCUUAUUUCUACUGCUACUGCAAACACUCCUGCGCCUUAUCUCCAGGUCAAGCGGUUUCCAGAACAGGUCGGAUUCGCAACGAUUCACAACUGGAAGGUCCACUACAAGAUCUGUUACCCAACAUUCGAUCCGGCCUACCGAAUCAACGGCAACGGUCGUAACAUUGUCCUCUUCCACGGCGCGCUCUCUAACCUCAGCACCUGGCGCAAGGUCCAGCAGACGCUGGCCGACCGUACUGGAUGCAGAGUUCUCUCCUAUGACCGCGUGGGCCACGGUCUGUCAGGCAAGCCUGAAAAGUGGCCCAAGAACGCCAACCCUUACAAGAACGGAGGCGUCCUUGCCAUCUGCCAGACUUUGCUCGACACUCUGGGAAUGCAGAACAACUUGAUCCUGAUCGGAAACGGAACGGGCGGCACAGUUGCCUCGGCGAUCGCACUGUCAAAGCCCAUGUCUGUUCGUGGUCUGAUUCUCUUGGCGCCUGCGAUUCAAGAUGAAUCACCACCACUUUACCUUCGUGCCUGUGUCUCCUACCCACCUCCUCUCUCAUGGAUCUACCGAGGACUCUAUGGCGAUCAUGGUCCGUUGCAGCAGUACUACUACAAGCCCAAGGCGAUCAUGGCAGAGCCCAGUACAGUCGAGAUGUACAUGAAGCCCCACAAGGAAGAAGGUUUCUGGAGGGGUCUUUCCAACGCCACUAAAUACCGGAGCAGCUACAAGGUCGAGAAGCAUCUUGAUCGAUUGACAGAGCUGUCAACCUUGGUCAUGACGGGCGAUGUAGACGAUGUAGUUCCGACGAUUGAGACCCUCCGUUUAUUUGAGACGCUUCAGUCCGUGCGCAAGUUGAACGUGCCCCAGGUCCUCAAGAUCAUCAAGCAUGCUGGACACUUGCCCCAGGAGGAGAAGCCGAGCGAUGUGGUCAAGGUGAUUUCGUUCUUUAUCAAGAAGGUCUGUCUGGGCUCGCUCUCGCGUGAGCGGUCGCUCGGUCGUAGGAUGUCGGGGGGUGUGCAGAGAUCGUCGUCAAAAAAGUCUGUCAAUGCGGCGACGGCGGAGGCUAAUAACCAGGCCAUCACCGACGCUAAUACUCAAGCCAAUGCCCAAGGCGCUCGACCCCCCGCUGGACCUGGACCUGCUGUAGGGCCAAGUGGAGCAGCAGAAGGUAGACCACACCCUGACCAAGGACCCCGACCCAACAUGGCGCCUCCGGUGAGCGCUGACCUCUCUGUACGCGGUCCAUCUGCCAUCACAGUCAAUCCAGCACUUGGGUAUGCCAGCCAAGCUAUCAAGACCCACUAG